UCCAGGCUGCCGUCUCAGCAACUUCAAAAUGGCCUCCCCAGGAAAACUGAUCCCGCCUCCCUUCUGCCAUGAAAGUCAUCGCUCUCCUGCUGCUGGCCAGCCUGGCCUCUACAUCUCUCGCCAUCCUUCAUGGUGAGUGUGGCCUCCUUCCCACUCCCUGCAGUCCCCUAGAGGUCAAGCUUUCUCUGCCCCUCACCUCCUCCACUUCUGUGGUCACAGCUGCCCAGUCUGUUCCUACUAACCAUCCCAGGAAGGACCAUGUCUCCAAUGAGGACCUUUCUAAGGAGCCUUCCAUCAUCAGAGAAGAGCUGAUUUCCAAACAGAAUGUGGAGAUAAAAUCCACCAGACCCAAGAAUCAGAAGUCCAUGCAGCCUCAUCCCAUCUUCCAAGAAGAGAGUCUCAAAAAUGCCAGGCUUCAGUCAGAAGAAAGCACUGAACCCACCCCCAGGACUGCAACCACCUCAGAAGGAAGAAUGGCCAAGCUCAGCCACAAAAUCGAGAACAAUCUGGAUAAAAUCAUGAACAGAUUCUCGGACAAUUUAAAAAGCUUAAUCCCUAGUGCAAAGGACGUCAUGAAGCCCUAA